AUGACGCAAAAAAUAGCAAGCUUGACGAUGGAGUCACGGCACAAGCGGGUACAGCAAAAGGGUCGCUUUACGAUCACCGAGAUCAUUCCUGGAUCGCCCUGUUCAUCACAUCAUGUUUCAUCACCUACGUUUCUAAAGGAAGAAGUUGCUAUUGCAGUAGACAACGCAUCCGGUAGCUACAGUGGAGUGAAAGUGGCUACAAUUCAGUCUCAGCCACUAUUUCACGAGCAAAUUGAUGCUAUAGCGUGUAAUGACACGAUAAAACAACCCGUUGCAAGCGGGUUUGUACCGAUGAAAUUGGAAGAGAUGACUGAGCUUCAGACGCAGCCAGCAGAAGCGGCCUUGGUAUCAAUUAGUGCGAGUCUAAUUCUUACUCCAAAAACAAAAGCUGUUGCAAUGGAAUCGACGCAGCACGGGGUAGUAUCGACCUCGACAGCUAUUGUUCAUGCUGGUUCAGUUUCUGGACCAUCGUCUUUGCGAAAGUACUCGUCUCCUAAGAAAAGCCGUGACGGAGUGCAGCGUGCUCGACGGAUCAAGCAUAGAGGACGUUUUACCAUUAUCGAGAUGGCGUUCGACUCGCCAACAUCCAGGAAAGACUCUGAUGAACUGUACGACCAUCGUUUCGCCACUACAACUUCGGUUGGAGGAUCUUCAGCUAAAAGUCUUCCACAGCAACCUAGUCGCAAGAUCGAUGCCGUGGAGCGCCGCACAAAGCCAAAGCGCGCGACUCGGUCGACGCCUCGCCUUCGACAACCUUCGUCCAUGCGUCGUUCGAGACGGCCAAACGAAAGUACAGCUCGCGAAGUUAUCGACUUCGUGGACAGGGUAGAUCCCACUGGAAGUCAGCAACACCAGCAAGCAAUGACAGCCUGUGCUGAACUCGAGACUUUGUCAGUGACCGAUAGCACGAUCUUGACAGAUGCCGUUGCAACCGGUGCUGGUGCCGCUGCAACACCACAUGCCAGCGUACCAGUAUUUAAGACUGGGCAAACGUUCCUUGACAGCAAGAAGACUGUCGGGGCUACAACGUCGGCUUCUCACCCUCCCACGCCGCCUUCACGGCUCGUGAAUGUUUCGGAGAACAUAGUAAAUCUGCCACAAUCGUCAUCGACGUCAAUUUCAGCCGCUCAAUACCUACAGCAACAGCAAACAAUUGCCAUGCUAAUCCGACAACAACACGAUUUAAAGCAGAUCAUCGGCGUUCUUCAGGAGCAGCAACAACAACUCUUGUCCAUUCCGUCGCAUAUCAAUGAGCUUAAAAGCCAAAGCGCAAGCUUCAACAAUGAUCAGGCAAGAGACGACGAAACGCGAGAACUUUGCAUGAAGGUAAACUCAUUAACGCUUGCUAAUGAGUCUCUGCAUUCGCAGUUGCAUGCUGCGGAGCAGGAAGUUCGUCACCGUAAUUUGCAAAUCGAGUGCUUGUCGGAAGAGAAUGAUGAGCUACGUCAGCGCUGUGGACAGCUAGAACUCUAUCUACAACCCAGAGACUAA